CUCGUUUCUUUCCCCUCCAGGUCAACUCCAACAGUCAGUCUGCCAGUGCCAGCACAGAUCGAUUCACUUCCAGCUCGCCGAUCGUCAUCGAAUUGCCGGUACGCCUCCAAUGGCCUUUUGACCUCGAUCCAGUAAUCCAAUUCUGCCCAAUCUACACUUUUCGGUCCUUUGCUCGUUACUCUGAUGACGUCGUCCCUUCAUUCGAUCCACUAGAGUUCGCGCCACUUCUUUCUGACUUCCAGCGGUCAAUUUCUGUAACCCCAUCAUGCCCAUGUCGAACCCACCAGCCACUUUGUUGUCUAACCGUGAAGCAAGAAGCCUUGCGUUGUUUGGCUAAAUGACCCGUGUACUGACGACGCAUUUUGCCAGGUCUGGAACACUCAUCAUUUAUUGACCGCCCCUCGUCCCGUCUCUCUCCGUCGUCCUUUCAAUCCUUCCAUCCGCGAGCUAUUAUUCAGCACAUCUCUGGUCGUUGUCUGAGUCCAUUUUGCAACCAUGUCCAAAUUCACAAUUGUUCUAUAAAGCGGCUGCAUCGAGGUUCCACGUGUGCUUGUUCGAUUAGCAAACCACCAAAUAGUCGAUCCACGGCUUUAAGGCUUGCACCACCCUGGCCGCCCUAUUCGGGUGAGAGCGUCCCAGGGGAGUAUUCCGCACAGCCAAACGGCUAUUUUCAACCAGUCACUCCCACACCGGUCGUUCGCAAUCAGGCAACAUGGCGGAACAGGCGCUUGGCCUGACUUUAAACGCGGUGCCCAUUGUCUUAAAACACGGCGACAAAAUUGCAGACCCCUUCAAUCAUCGAGUGCGCAAAAUGCGCGGGCAAGACAAGGAAGACAAAGAUGUCUACGACAAACGCACCCAGGAGGAAAAGGGCCUGGUAUUGCGUCGCCGCCGUGAUGUCGCCUCGGACGAAGAAAUUGUUGAUGUAGUCCGACACAAGGGCGAAGUCCUGCCUCGCCGCCCUGGGCAUGGUCAUAGUGAUCGAAGAGCUGCAUCCAUGGACAACCGGUGUGCUCUGGUUGCUGGCGGCGCUGCGGGUGCUGCAGGUGCGGGUGCACUUAUCUCCUCUCGCAGCCGACGUUCAGACGACUAUUAUGAUUCCGAAGGCUCUGUUCCCCCUAGGUCUCGAAUUCGGGCCAAGUCGAGCUCUGGCAGGUCUCGCCGCCGCCGUGGAUCGUCCAGCGACUCCUCUUCCUCCUCAUCUUCAAUGGAUUCUUCGACUGAGGAGGACAAAAAGUGCCGCAAGUUGCAACGAAAGAAAUGGAUCACCGCCACGUUGGCCAGUGUCGCCACGAUUCACGCCGCUUCUAAAGUGUACUCGUCAAUCGAGGCUCAUGACAAACGCAUUGAACAAGUGCACAAAGGGACUCUUUCCCCAGAGGAAGCACACAAGCAACGACGUGCUGCGCGGUGGCAGGAUGCUGCCGCCAUUGGUAUUGCUGCCCUGGGUAUCAAGGGAGCUGUCAGCGAGUGGACCGCCGUGUCCGAGGAACACACUCAACACAAGCAAAUGUUAAACACCCGAGAAGAGCACCACAAAAAGCGGUUGGAACGACAACGGCGACGCCGUGCACGAGAAAUGGGCGGCUAUUACAAAGGCCACGAUGGCAAGUGGUACUACGACGGACCAGAACCUCAGGGCAGUGACAGCCUGCGAAGUUCUGACGUGAGACGACACUACGACGACCGCCGGAUGAUUGAGGCUUCAAGUCGAGAACGCAAGAUGAUUGAGGAUGUUGACCGCUACUAUGACGACGACAACCGCGACAGAGACAGAGACAGAGACUGGGACAGGGACCGGGAUCGAGAUCGCGACAGAGACCGAGACUGGGAUCGUGACCGAGACAGAGACAGAGAUGGAAGCCGGAGAGAUCGUCGAGCGACCAAGGACAAUUCUUCUACAACCCACCCUCCUGAAAUCCAAGAGGCAAAGGCUAGGCGGUCGACAUUUCUGGCAUUUGGAGCAGACGCAUUAGAAGAGAUCAUGAAGAAAUUAUAAGGCGAGUUGGCGUGUUUGAGGCAGAGCAAGUGUUUUGUGGCACAUUUGGACUUUGAAAGACCAUUCAUUGAGCGAUCUGGAAUUGGGAAAUGUUUUGGAUGUCUUGCAGCGACCUGAAUUGGGGGCCACCUUUUUGUUGUAUCGUGCAAGCGAUGAAGAGAAUACGGCGAUGAGAUACGAUUUUUACGAUCCAAUGUUUACGAUAAACGAACGACUUAUGUGAAUCAAGACAUGAUAGAGAUUAUAGUUUGGGCAAGCAUCGAUUCAAUGCAUGAAGGACUUGAACAAAUCUAUCUCAAACUUGCUUCUUUGUAAAUAUCGCCUUGAGUUCUAUUAAGUAUGCC